GAGAGUUUGUGGCAAAUGAAACGCGGUCUUUUUUUAUCCACCGCAGCAGCAAGAGCAACAAGAAGUAUAGGCCGCUUAGCUUAUGGUUCCCUCUAUCCAGCGCACACUGUGCAACACCGCUUAACCUUCACCACUCCCUCUCAUCGCCAUAGUCGUCUUCACACGUUCGCACUCCUUCCAACCGCCGCUCUCUCCUCCUGCCCCCUCCUCCGAAACCCUAAUUUCCUCACGGGGAACCGUAACUCCCCCUUCCGCGGAAUGGAGUGGAAACAACACCGAAAUCGGGUUUUUCUUUUCGCACUUGUUUUGUUUAAUUUGCAGCGACACUGCUCCGGGAGUAGCAUUGAUAGGAACAAGGGGAUGGUGGAUCAUCUGAAAAGUUAUGGAGUGAUUAAAUCCAAAAAGGUUGCUGAAGUGAUGGAGACUAUUGACAGGGCUUUGUUUGUGCCUAGUGGGAACCCGCCGUAUGUUGAUUCCCCCUUGUCAAUAGGUUAUAAUGCCACCAUUUCUGCACCUCAUAUGCAUGCAAUGUGCCUUCAGUUGUUGCAAGAGAAUCUGCAGGCCGGAAUGCGUGCUUUGGAUGUUGGCUCAGGGACGGGAUACUUGACGGCGUGUUUUGGGUUGAUGGUUGGGCCGCAAGGCCGUGCAGUUGGUGUAGAGCACAUUCCUGAGUUGGUUUCUUCUUCAAUUACGAAUAUUGAAAAAAGUGCCGCCGGAAAAUUAUUGAAAGAAGGUUCCCUUUCUGUACAUCUCGGUGAUGGACGGCAAGGUUGGCCGGAAUUUGCUCCUUAUGAUGCCAUUCAUGUUGGUGCAGCUGCACCAGAAAUCCCGCAACCACUUAUUGACCAAUUGAGGCCGGGAGGCAGAAUGGUGAUUCCGGUGGGAAACAUAUUCCAGGAUCUGAAGGUUGUGGACAAGGGCUUGGAUGGUUCAAUCAGCGUCCGGACUGAAACUUCUGUUCGGUAUGUUCCUCUCACAAGCCGAGAUGCUCAGCUGCGAGGCUCUUGAGGUGCCAUAGCCACGAUCUCUGUGUACAGAUAGAUAAACUUUUGCCUGUUUGUACUAUAUUUACCCGUCGUGACGGUUUUGCUUAAGAUCUUUAGUUCGUGAAAUGAAAUGAUUUCAGUGUCA